CUAAGGAGGAGGUUUGGUUGAGUCUCUGCGUAGCAGCCAUUCAGCGGCGGUGGCUGAAGCGAUUGGACUGCGAGGGCUUCUCCAACAUUUUUUUUUUGUGGAAUUUGAAUUAUUUUGGAACAGCACGGCUGGUGGUUCAUAGGUGACGGCUUCAACGGGACAGCUUGUGGGUCGCAGAGGUGGUCACAGGGAGCUCAGCGAUGAAUAAGCUACGGCAGAGCUUCCGGCGCAAGAAAGACAUCUACGUGCCAGAGUCAAGUCGGCCCCACCAGUGGCAGACGGACGAGGAGGCAGUCCGCAGCGGCAAAUGCAGCUUUGCAGUCAAGUACCUGGGGCAUGUGGAAGUGGAGGAAUCGAGAGGCAUGCACAUCUGCGAGGAUGCGGUAAAGCGGCUUAAGACGGACAGGAAAUUCUUCAAAGGAUUCUUUGCUAAAGUUGGGAAGAAGGCAACGCGAGCUGUGUUGUGGGUGUCUGCUGAUGGUCUUCGUGUCGUUGACGACAAAACAAAGGACCUGAUUCUGGAUCAGACAAUAGAGAAGGUUUCGUUCUGCGCUCCAGACAGGAACUUUGAGAGAGCGUUCUCUUACAUCUGCAGGGAUGGCACCACACGACGCUGGAUCUGCCACUGUUUUAUGGCCGUUAAAGACUCAGGAGAGCGGCUCAGUCAUGCUGUGGGCUGUGCGUUUGCUGCCUGUCUGGAAAGAAAACAGAAGCGGGAGAAGGAGUGUGGCGUCACAGCAACCUUUGAUGCUAACAGAACCACUUUUACCCGGGAAGGCUCAUUUCGCGUUACCACGGCAACAGAGGCUGCAGAGAGAGAAGAAGUCAUGAGGCAACUGCAGGAUGCUAAGAAAGAGACAGAAGUGAAGGUUGCCGGAAACUCGGCCAACAGUGUGACCAACUCUUCAGUGCACCAGCCAGGAAGUUCCCCGUCUCCCUCGUCCUCUCCGCCUCUAUCUGUGGCCGCGAUGGGACCUCAGGUGAUACCCCGCAGACACGCGCCGGUGGAGGCUCUCGCCCGGCAGGGCUCCUUCAGAGGCUUCCCGGUCCUCAGCCAGAAGACCUCUCCCUUCAAACGACAGCUGUCACUGCGCAUGAAUGAGCUGCCCUCCACCAUGCAGCGAAAAUCUGACUUCCCUAUGAAAAACACAGUCCCUGAGGUGGAAGGAGAAGGUGACAGCAUCAGUUCACUGUGCACUCAGAUCGCUACUGCUUUCAGUGGACCCCCAGAGGACCCGUUCUCUUCCGCUCCAAUGCCAAAACCAGCGUCCUCUCCACAGUCUCCUGUGGCACCAGUGAAUGGCACCAUGCCUGCCUUCUCUGCUGCUGUCGCCGCUGCUGCAGCUGCUGCAGCUGCUGCAGCUGCUGCCACUGCCAACUCCUCAGUCCUGCACCCAGCAUUGCCUGCUCGAGAGACUAACCCCUGGGCUACAAACCCAGCAGGACCCCCGGCUUUGGCCCACCUAGGAGGGGACUGGCCAUUAACGACACCAGUAAUAGUAGCCCCUCCCACUGCCUCUCCAGGGUUGUCCGCUCACAAACGCACACCAUCAGAAGCAGACCGGUGGUUGGAAGAAGUCACCAAAUCUGUCCGAGUACCACAGUCUAAACCAGUCACUGCAGAAAGCACGCCUCCUCCCCAGCCAUUUGGUGCCCCUUCGCAGAUGCCAAUAGCUUCUGUCUCUAUUGUUCCCCCUGUGCCCUUUUUUCCCCCUCUACCCCCUACUGUCCCCAUCGUGCCCCCCCGCCAGCCCACUUUCCACGCUCAGGCUCCGGCAUCCUACCCAGUGUCCAACGGGCUGCCGUUUUCUCAGCCCAGCAUGCCUGUGUUUGGCAUAACUCCUUCACAGAUGGUGGCUAAUGUGUUUGGCUCUGCUACCCAACCCCAGCCUUUUCCUCUCCCAGCCUCCACAACACCACAGACUGAUGCUCAGGCCAUUAACAAUAUUUCCCCAUACAUUAAACCCCCACUGCCCACGGAGGUAAACCCCGCUACCCUCCACCCCCCUAAUGGCAGGGCUGCCUUUAACGGGGCUGAUGGCUGGGCGGCUUCAUCGCAUAUUGCUUCAUCUUCUCAGUAUGUCCAGUCUGCACCAGCGCAGCAGGAAGAUGCUUUUGAAGCCCAGUGGGCAGCCCUGGAGAACCGCCCGCACCAGCGCACCACCCCCUCCCCCACAAACCCCUUCUCCACCGAGCUACAAAAGACUUUUGAGAUCCAACUCUGAACACUGUGCAGUUAUAAAGCACUGGGUUAUGGGGACUUGGAUGGCUGUAAAGGAGAUGGGAGAGCCGUACUGCCUUCCUCCUGGGUUUUAUUGGACACACUCAGUGGGGGUAAAUAAAACUAGGAGAAAGUGGAGAACAGCAGGGGGGCAACAUCGGAAAGAGAACCCCACACAGCAACAAGAGACAAAAAUGAAAACAAAACAGGUUGCUGUGAAUAAAUUUACGGCUCCUCAGGCAUUUCGUUUGUAUGGUCUGUAUUGUUUUUUUUGUGCUGUGGAGAGUUAUCAUUGCCCUGUGGAGUAUCCCUGCUAAAAAAAAAAACCACCCCAUUCCGCCACCUAGCUUCGCUUGAUGAGGCCCCCGUUGGCAGGGCGAAACCUUCCUCAGCCUGGCCGAUGGGCUCCAGCACUGAGAGAACUCAACUUCCAGAUGAGAAGUACUCCUUAAAAACCACCCAAUUAUAAGAGUAGAGUGAGACAAUGCCAAAAUCUUUAUUUUUAUGCAUCAAGUAUAUUUUAAAUAGCUUUGGAAUCUAAUAGAAGAGUUGUAAGUAAUCUUGCCAAAGGCACGGGAUAACUAGAAAGUUCAUGUAUACAAGAAAUGAUCAUGUAUAUUAUACAUAAAUACAUAUAUAUAUAUCUAAAGAAUCUAUACUGUACACACAGCUCACAGCAGUGCAAAUUUUUAAUGUGAUGUAAAGAGAUUUUUGUGAAGGGAUAGCUGCUUUAUGAGUGUGUGCAUUUUUCUUUGGUUUUGGUUUUCCUAAUUUUUGACGACAAAUCUUGAUGCAGUUUCCUGCAUCGUCUAACUUAAUGGAGAAUAUCUCACCGUGAAAUAGGGUAUGUUUGCAGCAACAAUCAGUUUGGACUUGGCCAUGGUGGUGGUGCCUAUAUGGUUGCCUCUCUCUUACCUGCCCUUUGUUUUUAACGGUUUAGUACAAAUUAGUACUUUUUUGUUCUUUCUUUGUAGUACCAAUCUUGUUUUAUAUUAUUAUUAUUAUUUAACAACAUAGGAUACAGCAAUCCUGUUUUACCACCUCUUCCUGGGGGAUUUUUUUAUUGUAGUUUAUUUUUAUGUUUUGUUGUUUUUGUUUUUUUAAUUUUGCACAUGCACUAAACCAGAUAGUUUGAACUCACAGGUGAGCUUGAUUAACAUGGGCUGGUUAGUCAUGGUGCUGCAGUAGCUGAGAAGCUGCAUGAUGAUCUGGCCCAGUUUCCGUUAGCCUUCGGUGGGUCUAACGGGCUGCAGAACCCCGGUGGGAGAAACAAAAAUGGUUUCAUCUUCACUAGCUGAUUUCUCUCUAUUUUAUUUUUUAUUAUUUUUUUAAAAAUCAAGCCUGCAAAUAUGAUCAAUUCUCUGAUCUGUUUUUCCAUUUUGUAAGUAUUUCAUUUCUUUAUUCCAGCUCUUUGGAGAAAAACUGAAGCUAAUGGGUUGAAUAAAUUUAUGGUGAUAGAAAAAAA